AUGAACCUGUCCAGAGUGCGCUCCAUGUUCGAGGAGGCAGGACGACGCCGUCGCCAAGGGUGGGGAGGGUCCUGGGGCGGAUCGGAGAACGCGUCCAACCUGUCCGACAUGCCGAGUCCAAGCCCGUCGAUGUCGACGCAGCAGAGCGACGACGACAUCCAGCAAGAAGCACUGAAAGCCGCAGCAGUGCUGUCGGACCAAGAGAUGCUGAAGCGAGCUCGAGCCGCCCACAACCGCGAAGACUUUGACUCCCUGUCGGCUGGUCCGGAGGCGAACGGACCCUGGAAGCGUGUGGAAGGAGUCGACCGCUUCGUCGUCUUCCGGCGACCAAUGACCACGGGCAACAAUAACCAAGAGCACACCAACGACCUGGAAGUCAUGUGUGCCGGUCGACUCGAUGCGAGUAUCGAGGAGGUGGCCAGCAUCCUGCGCUCUAGCUCCGAGAUCGAGCACAACGCCUCCAUGACGGCGCUCUACGCCAAGAGCUUCAUCUUUGGGUCGUACGAGCGCGAAGUCUCGUGCUGUAAAGCUCGGGGUAACCAAGACGAUAACGUGGUGCACGACGAUAGCGGCGAGCAGCUCGUUGUCAAGACCAAGAGCUUUGCACGGACGACGAUGCUAGGACGCAACGAGCAGUGGUGCUACUACGACUACUUCCAGCGCAAGAAGGAGCGCGACGGCUUUACCAUCUCCAAGCGCGCGCUGCCUCCAUCCGAGUUGACGCCUGGCCGUAUCCUUGGAGAGAACGCCCACGUCGAUCAACUUCACGAUUUAAACGCCUCGUAUCUCGUCGACAAACUCCCGAACCGCAAGGGACUGCGCGUCGUCUUCCACGCGUGGUUCGACUCACCCGAUACAACAAAAUCUCUUGGCACUACUCGCAGCACUUCGAGUCCAGGCCCUGGCCUGCGUUCCAAGUCGUUCGACUAUGGAGAGACGACCAGACACAAGGCGCAGAUGCGUCGCCUAUUGGCAAUGGCUCACGGCGUGACGAACCUCCCCGACCUCAUCCGUCGUCGCCGCUUUGGCGCCCAAAUACCCGCCGACCUCGCAGCAGUGUCCGCUUUAAACGCGCGCUGUCCGUGCUGCACUCACAGUUUGUCCUUGGUGAAGUCUACGCUGGCCAAGGCGGCUUCGGCUUUUACUAGCCGAAGCUUGGCUCCACUCAAAGUGGACACAAGACGCUGCUAUCUCUGUGGGUAUCUCGUCUGCGUCAACUGCUGGUCGGCGCAGCAAAUGGAGAGCAUGGCUGGGCGAGUGGCCGCGAUCGUCGUCUGUGUCCGGUGCCAAGCCAACGUCCAGGCCUGUGAAUACGCCGAAGUAUUCGCUGGCACUGCCGCCGAGCGUGAACGGCACCGCGGACCCCCUCGAGUUGUUGAAGACUCGAACAAUUCCUCGACUGUGGCGUUGCUGGUCAAUUUCUUUACUGCUUCGCUAUUGAACGCGACAGCAGGGAGCUCUGAACAUGCGGCGGCGAUGGCUGUGAUUCGGACGCUGCUGCGCCAGAAUCAAGAAGACUCGGAGGAAGAGAGCGAGGAUGAAGACGUGGACAACAACGAGUACGAGAAGAAUGCACCUCGUUUCAAGCCUCUGAACGAGACUGAAGCGGUGAAGAAAGUCGGAGAAAUUCUGAGUGACGACACGCAGUUCUCAACGAUUGAGGACUGUAGAUUAGGGAAUGCAGCGCAACGCAGCUACGUCUUGGAUCUACCGGAAGACCCGAGUGUCGACGUCCCUCGCUCUCCGAUCCCAAGCAACGAAGCGGAACGAGUCGCCACCAUCAAAUCCGCUGGUCUGCUGGAGCUCGCCAACCUCUUUGCGCCAGAAACUCCCCCGACGGACGUCUCCGAACUGAAAGGAGACUUACCCGACGUCCACGACCUGGAAUUGUUGUGCCAGUUGGCCGUCAAGACUCUGGGCUGCGCGUACUCGUUCGUCACGGUCAUGUGCGCCAAGCACGAGCACGUCAUGUUUGGAACGCACCCGGCUUUCGUCGGCGCUGCGGUGCCUCGGGAACAGACUUCGUGCCAGCACGCGCUGAUGUCCCCGUAUCCGUUCAUGGCUACGCACCAAGAGGCUGAUGUACGCUUCCACAAGCAGGGAGCCAUCUCCGCGGUCCCCAUUCGGUUCUACGUCGGAUUUCCUCUAAAGCUGGCGGCUGUAGGUGGAGAAGCAGAAGGAGAGGAGGUGACGGUGGGGAUGCUCUGCUGCAUCGACUCGAAACCUCGCGCCGAGAUCACGUGCACUCAAUACGCGACCAUGGCGCGGCUCGCCAGCACAGCGACGCAUUUCUUGUUGCAAAAGGCCCGUCAAAAGCAGCGGCUGUCAAACCAUUAUUAA